AUGGCCUUCACGUUGUCUCUUCUCGCCCUGACUGGCCUUGUCGUCCAGGGCGCCGUCGCCGCCAACUGCACGCGCGACGUGCUGGCGGCCGCGGCCUCGGCCUACCUCGCGGGCGCCGCGGCCGGCAAGCCGCCCGCCAACGUGGCGCUGACCAAUUUUACGUACGAGGAAAACGACGUGCCGCUCGACAUUGGCAAGGGCAUCCUGGCCCGGCCCAUCUCGAUUGAUUUCAACCGCACGUUCCUGGACACGGAGGCGUGCGGCGCCUUUAUCGAGUACAAUGCGGCGUCCAACACGCCGCCGUACGUCGUGAUUGCGCGCGUCUAUGUGGCGCCGGGCAGCAGCAGCGGCAACAGCAGCGGCACACCGCAAAUUACUCGCAUCGCGUCGGUCGUGACAAAGCCGGGCGACUGGGCGUUCAACGCGGCGACGCAGCUGGCGGCGGACAAGAAGGAGGCGUGGCCGGCGAUCCCCGCGGGCCAGCAGGACACGCGAGCGGUCCUGAAGGCGGCGGCCGACGCGUACCUGGACUCAUGGGGCAACACGACGUUGGCGCCGCCGUUUGGCACGACGUGCUCGCGCAUCGAGGGCGGCACGACGACGGGCCAGACGGGCAACACAUGCAAGAUGCAGCCGUUCCCAUCGCCGCUCACGAUUGGCAACCGGCGCUACAUCAUCGACCCCGAGUACGGGGCUGUGGACAUUUUCAACAAUUUCCCCUUUAUCGACACGGCCAAGCCCGACGGGACGCCGAGCACCAACCUCUACCGGAUCGAGGGUGGCAAGAUCCGCUACAUUCACGAGCUGACGGUGUGCACGAACAAGAACUGUGGGCGAUAG